AUGAGCGGACAUCAGCUUCCAGUCGCGCCGGCUAGUGACGCGAUGCCUACGGAUCUCUCCACCUUCAAUAUCCCCGAUCUCAUCAAGACGUCGCAUAACGCGCGUUUGUACAACGAAGUGCAAAACCUCAAGAAGCUCAUCAAUGAGCUUGUAGACUACCAGCUCGCCCACCCAAAGAAUACGAAGCCAGGUUCGCGCGAAGAUAUUGACAAGGAGAAGAAAGCCACACAAGACAUAGAGAAGCGGGAGAAGUACAUCCGCGCGCAACUGUCGAUUGUCAAGACCUUGUACCGGCAGAGCGUGCUGAAAGUGCGCGAGGAAAAGUCGAAGACCUCCGAUGACAGGGCAGUGAACGAUGCGCUCAUUCUGGGUCUCCACAACCUCAAGUAUGAGGAGCAGUCGCUACGAUCCGAGAUCUCUGCUGCUGAAAACUACGACCACAAAUACAUGAAGCUACCACUCAUCCCCCGCGAGCAGUUCCUCGAGCAGUUCCCCGAGCACCAAGAUUCGAAUGAACACGACCUUAUGACGGCGCGCAUCGAGCACGAACACCAAGUCCGUCUCAAGCUCGAGGAAGCGCGGCAGGAGAAGCUGAAGCAGAAGCAAAAACUCAUUGCGGAGGUUAAGAAGGGCAAGGACGAUCUCACCAAGCUGGACACCAUGGUCGAGAAGUUCAUCGAGGCUGCAGAACCGAUCAAGAAAGUGCUGGCUACGGAGUAA